AUGGAUUCUGCCGCGAUCGAGCAAAUGAACAAGUUGCGGAAAAGUUUAGGUCUACCUCUACUCGGUCCUCAGGCAGAUACCGAUGGCCCAAAAUUCAAGCAGAAGGUGGAAGACGAGGGCAGCGAUGAGGAGCAGGCAUCCACCUUAGAGACUCGGGAAGCCGCAGGCUACAGCAAUUUUCAACAAUUACAAGACGAGGAGAAGAAGAAGGCACAAAGAGAACAGCGAAAGAAAGCCAUCCAGAAGGCUCGAGAUGCAGCUGCCCGAAUUCAGAAGCUCGAAGGAAAGGGUCUUGGAGAUGUUGGAGCUGACGACGUGGAUGCGAAGACCUGGUUGAAGGGACAGAAGCAGAGACAGAAAGAGGUUGAAAGAGAGCGAGCUAGAAAAUUAGAGGAAGAACUUGCUGAGCGUGAAAGGUUAGCUGCGCUUGACUACACGAGUGCAGACUUGGCUGGUGUGCAAGUUGCGCACGAGCUUGGAGACUUCGAGGACGACGCGGCGGAUCAGAUUCUGACUCUGAAGGACCAAGAAAUUGGCAAAGAUGAAGACGAAGAGGAAGGAGACGUUCUCGAGAGUGCGGAUCUUAUAGCGCGGGAUAAGUUGAAGGAGAAAUUGGAUGCAAAGAAGAGGGUUCGAUACGACAUUCAUGACGACGAAAGGAAAGAACUUUUGUCACAGUAUGACGAGAAGAAGCGGAAGGCCUUCACUCUCGACGCUCAAGGAAGCAGCAUCGAAGAGAGGGACAGCAAAAGGCAGGCAGUGGGUGAAAAGCUCAAGAACACAAUCAGUUUGGAUUUCCUAAAGCCUGAGCCUGUCUCGGAUUAUCAAGAGAUUAAGAUCAAGAAGCCGAAGAAAUCAAUGAAAAAGAACAAAAGACAGAAAGAGGCGGACGAGGACGACAUCUUCCCGACUACCACAAACGGUGACACAGAAGCUAUGGAUGUGGAUAUGUUCAAGUCCAAACCACAAACAGAAACUAACAUUAACGACGACGAAGAUCUUUCCAAUGCCCUCAUGUACAGUAGACGAGCCGCACUCAAGAAGAAAAAGCUGAGACCCGAAGACAUUGUUAAGCAGCUGAAAGAAGAGGAAGAUGCAGCUAUAAUUGAGCCGGAAGGCGGACUUGUUCUGGACGAUACAACAGCAUUCCUCGAUAAUCUUAAUACGCGUGCACCUGAGGACUCGCCUAAGCCUGUGCAGAACUCAGUGGAGAUUGAACCGACAGAAAGAGAGCAAAGACAAGCAUCGGUGGACGACGAAGAUGCGCCCAUGUCAGAUUCCAACCAAGCCUACGCAGUUAUUGAAGGCGAUGAGCAAACACUACUCGAUAAGGUCAAACAAGAGGCUGCGAAGGACGCUGCAGGAAUUUCAGAGACUGGUCUCGAGAGGGAGGAGACAUUGGAUCAAGGCAUUGGCGCAGCUCUGAAGUUGCUCAAAGGUCGAGGCGUCCUCAAAGAGUCGGGAGCUAACGAAAGAAACUCCAUCUACCGUGAUCGACAGAAUUUCAUCACAGAACAACGACUUCGUGAACAUCAAGCCGAUCAGCAUGCUCGUGCACAGCGAGAACGAGAUCGUGCUUUGGGAAAGAACAAAGGCAUGUCAAUGCAAGAAAGAGAGGAACAAGCUCGUUGGCAGAAUGAGAAGCGUGCUCAGCAGAUGUCGAUCCAAGCAGCUGCAGCAUUCAAUAAAGAGUACAAGCCGGAUGUUCAGCUCAAAUAUGUCGAUGAUUCUGGACGUGUGUUGAACCAGAAAGAGGCGUUCAAGCAUUUGUCACAUCAGUUCCAUGGAAAAGGUAGUGGCAAACAGAAGACUGAGAAGCACAUCAAGAAGAUUGAAGAAGAGAAGAGACGUGAGGCAACAAGUAUCCUUGAUACUGGUCGAGACAAUGACAGAGGUCUACAACGAGCUCAAGGAACGAUGGGCAAAAAGGCCAAUAUAGCUGGAAUGGAACACCUUGCAUCAGCUGCUCACGCAUCUGACAUCACCAAUAUCGAAACUUCCUUACCAACCUUGAACUGCUUCGGUGGCACCAUCGAUAUAGAAGAACUCCUUCACCUCUUCUCUUCCAACGGCCUCAGCAUCAACGCAGAACACGGUGAAGCUGCUCUCCAAGCAUGCGCAAAUCUUGAGUACAGCAAAUGCACGCAAGAAGAAUUCCUCAACGUCAUGAAGGAGUACUGCUCCGUACACCGUCAAUUCGACUCGGUCGCUCAAAUUGCUGCUGGCGCCAUUCCAGUGGUGGGCGCUGCAUUUGGGUUGAUCCUUGCAUUGGUUAAGGUGAGUAACUCGAUCAAGGACCGUGCCAAGGCAGCAAAGGACAAAGUCCAGGCAGCGGAGUUGAGGAUGCGGUAUUUGCGCGGCCUGGCGACGGCAGAUAGUCUGAGUGUCGAGGCGACGAGUAUUGCGAUUGUGAUGCAGGAGCUGAUUGCGAGGGGGUUCGAUGAUUUUGAGACCACGAAUUUAUCAGCGAGUUCGAAUGCCACAGUACAGCUACUAAGAGAAGAUCUGCUUCCAUAUCUGAAGAGCUUGAACGGGAAGGAUCCGAGUCAGGUGAAAGUUGCUGAACUCAGGCAGAAGAGGUGGGAAUUGAAGCAGAGACUUAUUCGGCAAUACGAGAUCGUCAGUGUACAUCUGAAUCGAGUUGAGCAGGGACUGACUGAGAUGAGGGCUGCUACGCCGACAUACUAUGUGAAGACGAACCGCCUGGUCGCCUACGCGAGAGAAUGUCUGCUGGAAAUUCAUCUAAGAGCCUGGUAUGCAAUGAUGGGCUACUUUGAUCCAGAAAACACGAUGAUUGAACAAGAUGACCGCAACGUUGGUGUUGCUGCCGGCGAGAAGCUUGCACGCAUCCAAGAUUUCUUCGAAAGAUACGCCAAGGCCAGGCUGGAAAUGUUAAGAUAUCAGUACCAGACCAAAAGCGACAUCAAAGGAACCGCAAAGCAUGAACAUAUGGUUACAAUAGCCGACCACGGCGCAGAGAGCGACAUCAUGGUGCCCAGGUUAAGCAUCAAGCAGCUCAUGUUACGAUCACACGUUAUAUGUGAAGAACCAGAAGGCGGAGGUAUCGAAGAUUAUCCUGAUGGUUCUUGCGAGAUCUGGAAUGACACCAUGUUCAGUGGCGAGGAUCGCUGUUCGACUACCGGUCGUCGCGCUCACAAUGCAAUAGUGGCAUAUGUGAGUGACCAGCUCAAGGUCGAUGGUCCUGUCUGGACAAGCAGUCUCGGAUUUGUGGAUAAGAUGAGAAGAGCAGUACAACCAGCUUUGCCACACAGACCUACCAAAAGAACUAAUCUUCCCGCGAAUAUUCGUCCACCUUAUAUCGAUAGUCCCGUCAGUGCUCCAAGCAGGAUACCGUUAGUACAUGGCUGGGAGGUCAGUGACUCGGCUCCGCCCAGACUGCCGAUAACUGUACAAGGCUAUUGCCAACCACUACCGGACAGUGACACAUCUAAUCGAUAUCACGAUACGUACUCUUGA